AUGACUGGGUCAACAACUAUUUCGUCCAACCUGUCUCCAAGACCAUGCCAUUCUCUUUCUAAAUAUCAACAGCAAACCAAGCAAACUGCCUUGAAGCGUGAAGGGAGUACCAGCCUUGCUUAUUCCUUCUCUAGCCAGAAAUUGAGUAGUGGUAGCAGCGACGAAGAUGCUGGUGAGCAUGAGGAGUUAGAGGAGAAAUUUAAUUUGCUUGAUGGUUGGACAAGAAGAAGGCAACAUGAGAUCAAUCCAGGCAGAGCUUCGUUUGAUCAGAGAGAUCCUAUCAAAACAGUUGAAAUCAACACUUCUCGACCUUACUCUUAUUCGAGUACCCCGAAUUCCAAUUCUAGAAUCAAAAGAUCAGAUCAAUAUAAUUAUCAGAGCCACCAUCUGCAGUAUAAUUAUCAACAGCAAAGAGCUCAUCCUCAGUCAUAUCCAGUUGCCUCUCCUCAAUCACCUGUCCCGCCAAACAUCUUUCCGGUUCAUCCCCCAUUCGCAUGAAUCGCCCACACUCCCCUCAUCUCUGCAACAGCAGCUCAACCUUUUAGGGUUUCCAAACUUUCAAAAUUCCAAUUACAACUACGGC